CCAAGAAAAGAAUGAAAAGGACUAGGAUCAAGUCAAAGUGUAGAGGGACAUGCACCAGUAGCCAGCGUGUAGUAUCUUAGGAGGCAAUCUCUGGGUGCCCCAUGCCCAGCUAAGGCACUGAACCAACUUGCUAUACCCAUCAAAAUGACAGCAUGCAGAACACUCUGAUUCCCAGUCAUGUGACCAGGAGCUCUCCACAACCAGGAAUGGUUAACAAACUACAGUGUUGAAUAGACUGGCGAAUUAGUUCAACAGAUCAAUGAAAUUUGCAGAUGAAAUAUGGAGUGUAACUGAGGAAGCAGUGAAAGCCAACUUGAUGCAAGACAGUACUGAUCAGAGAGUGGGUGCAUUUCCCUCCCAAAAGAAUCACAGAAGAAAGGGAAGUGGAUCUUCAGAUGAAAACACAAAUACAAGAAGAAUUAAGCUACAAACAUCAUUCCCUCCUAUUCAUUUAAGUCUAAUUUCCAACACUAAACCACUGGAUAAAAAGCACAAGGACUAUGCCUCAAAUCUGGAUGUCUCGAGAGAUGUGUGGGGGGAAAAACUUAAUUUGCCACAAGUGGAAAUGGCGGCCGAAAACAAACCAAAACCUAUUAAGUCAUUUCUUGACAAAUCCAAAUUCUCCAAAGAUUAUGGAUGCUCAAUUAGUUCCUUGUCAAACCUUCCAUCAUAUCCUUACGAUGGACAAAAAGACUGCAGAUUGGUAGAAAAGCAAAGCUGGCUAGACCUACCCGUUACAAAGUCAGCGUUGGACAGGCUUACACCCGAGGUAACAAAACUUACUGAAUGCCUCUCAUGCAAAAAUGAGAGACGGAUUAGAAAUGAUUAUGACAAGAUCCUUUUACGCUCGAAGAGGGAGAAGGAGGCUUUGCAACAGAAAGUUAGAGAAUUAGAGGCCGAACUGAAAAAAUGUGAAGAAAUUAGCAAAACGACAAAGAGAGCACAAGGAGAAGCAACUCCGGCAUAUCAAAAUGGAGGUACUCACCAUGAGCUCUUUGAAAACAAAAAUAAAUGCCCUAUAAUACGCUGGGGAGAAUAUAGACAACUGCAGGAGAGAAACAAAGACAAGCAGGAACAGGUUGACUGUUUAAUAGAGGUUGAAGAGCUAAGAGCUCAGCUCGAUAAAAUGCGAGAAUCCGAAAGAGAAAAGGAACAGUUGUUCAAAAGCAAGGAAGGCAAACUGGCUUUUGAUGUGGAAGAAUUAAAGCAACAACUUCACAGAACAAAGGAGCAGGAAAUCAUGAGACUCUCAGCUCUUGAGAGUGAGAAGGAAAAUAUGCGUAAGCAACUGGAAAAUACAAAUUCUGAACUGGAGAAGUUCAAGAAAAGAAGAUCAUUAUUAAUUGCCGAGUUACGUAAGGAAAAGGAUUGCUGCUUAAUGGAAAUCGAGAAACUGAAUGCCUAUGUAGAAAAGGUGAAGGCAGAGAACGUUUCCCUUUCUGACACUAUAACACGUCUACAGCAAGACCUGGAGAAGAGACCCGCAUGCUCCUGUGUCACGUCCCAGGUGUAUAGUGCUGGUGCAGAGGUGCUUCUCAUUUCACACAGAGCUCCUCCAGAAAGUGGUUACGCAGGUGGGACAGAGUAUAAGUACCACGAGAUCUGCAGCUGCGGGAGAACUGUCCAUCAUUUAAGCUCCUCUUCCAACCAAAGUGCCAUGACCCAGGUGGACGGGGACGAAAUCAGAGUAAAAGAGAUGUACAAACAAUUGAAACGGGAGCGGAACCUUUUGCUGGAUGUCAUGCUGAUCAUGUAUGCCAGAAGAUGGUUUGUGGAAGAAGCUGUCCCACAUGUCAGAAGAGCCCUGAGGAAAUGCGAUGCUUUACCAGAAGAUACCGGUUAGAAGGAAUCAAGAUCAUACUUCUGUGGGAUGUCUAACAUGACCCGGCUUUGUCUGGUUUUUACUGCUCCAUUGUGUAAAUGCCCAAGUGUAAUGAGGCUCACGUUUGUUUUGUAAACUGAAAUCACAGCCUAUUGUGUGUAACAUUUUACGAGAAUCAGGCCUCAAGUGCACAAUGCAGCUUUUGUGAACCCACAUCCUGUUUUGGCAACAGUGUCUGAAUAUUGAAAAUGUAAUAAAAUCGUAGUUCUGGUUGAGCUGUUGGAUAAUUCCCUGGAUUACAACAAAGAUGUGUUAGGGUAUUGACAAACUCUGUUAUUGUGCGAAAAACAAGCACUUUAUAGCAUUCCCUGAAUAUUUUGUUAGAAACACUGUGAAAUAAACAGCCUCAAGCAAAGUUCCAACUAUGUCAGCAGACAGCAAACAAAUGUUCUGAACAGGUCGCCACAGCAUCUGACAAUACCAUUUGGUACCACGUCACCAAAUAAAGCGUGUUUUAAAUAGA